AUGAACGAUCCUCCACCGAUCCUCCGCCCCGUGAGGAUCCCCUCCGGAGGCCAGUCGCCUUCGAAACUACUGCGACCCUCCAAUGAUAUCCUUGUACACAUCUCUCCCGCUACUGUGGUGGAUGCGCUGGCAUCGCCUACGGGGCCACUGAAAGCCUGUUUAGAUGGCGCUUCCAACGCGGAGUGCGAGUUUGCUAUGCAGACGGCAAUUUCAUUCAAAAAGAUUUGGGAAUGGACCCGUGAGCUGAAGGAUUGGUAUUGGCCAAACCCGGCUGGGCCAGCGGGCUUUGAGGUCUCGAGCGCGAGGCGAAAACUAGACUGGUUGAAGAGGUCUGACUCGGAGCCUGCAGGCCAAGAAUACAUCGGAUGUGUCCGAACGGACGACAUCGUGCGAUAUGAGGAGAGAAUCGAGGUGAUUCAGUAUGAGCUCGAGGCUCUGUCCGUGGACGACCUAAAGAGUCACGUCAUGAACAACCACAUCAUGCCGCUAUCAAGGCCCACAACUCCAGCAUCUAUUCGUUCCGGGUUCUCAACAAUGUCGAGUUAUGUCAAGAUGGAAGAUCUCACCGCGGUGGUUACAGCUAUUGUGGUACAAACGCUUCCAAUUCUGGCCCGACUGAAUCAACUUCUUCGGCUCUGGACUAUCCGGCUCGCGGUUCUUCACAGAAUACCAGGGCUUUUGCUUGACUUGGAAGACGCUGAGGCCGCUUUAAGUUCAGGGUGGAAUGUCAUUUCGCCACCAUCAAACUCGCCUUUGGAGGGUGGUGGUAGCCCCACUGGUCCCAGCUUGACGCGAUCCGAUUUCAAUGUUAUGAAGGUCGUGGUAGAGAAGAAAAUCACAAAACCAGGUUCGACAUUAGAUUAUAUGUUGGAUCGUUUGGAGGGUAUGCCGGAUACCCUACCUGAAGAGUGGCUCGAUCGCAUGGAGGCCCUUGAGCAAGGAUACGGCGAUUGGGUCGUGGCUUGUGAGCGCAGGAUUCAAGAGAGUGAAUGGGGCCAUGUUGAGCGGCCAUCCAGUCAUCUGGUAGAAAAGGAAACACCAACUGCUCCGUUGGCUCCCACACUGCAUGCGUCUACCGGCGUCGAAAAUGUAGAAGUGGAUGAUGAUAGCGAUGAACUUUCCCAUCUGCAGCCCUCGGGUUCUUCGGAGUGGCUUGUGGACCCUGAGUUUGAUGAGCUCGACGAAGGACUCCUAAGUCCUUGCGAGGAAGAGGACGAAGAAUUAGAAUUACCCCCGCUCCGGAAUGAGACAAGACGUGGCAGUGUCUCGUCGAUCGCAUCGACAGUCUUGCAUGAUACCUCGAUGCGUUUCGAUGGCAUGUCAAGUGACUUCCCGGAGGUUUCUGCGUCACCCGGGGUUGCCAAAUCUCGUGUCCGCGAGGCGGAAUAUAUCGAGGCCAGCCCGCCUAGCUCGCCACCGGCUCCCAAGACAAGCUCAAGAGAGUUACCCGAUUCGCCCCUUGACGAUUCCAGGUUGGAUGAGUAUGACAACUAUGAUGAUUCAAUGCUGCCAAGGACCCCUAUCGAGGGCUCCUUUUCGGAAAGCUUCUUCGACGAUUCAUACUCAGUAUCCGAGGCACCAAGCCCAAUCAUGCGUCGAGAAAGUCUGGGGGCUCAGCACCUUCACCAGCAGAUCAGCCAGAUCAUCGAGCGCAUCCCAAAGAUAAAGCUGACAGAGAAACCCCCCAUCAACCUGAACCCCCCUGAUCUCCAGCUUCCCAAGCUGAGGAAGAAGCCAUCCAAGGAGCCAUUUAACAGGUCGAGGUCGAGCCUCUCGUCGCGAACAGCGGUGUCUCGAAAUGCUACCCCAUCCUUUACACUGUCUCCCGCCAAGAGUACCAGGCCGAGGCAGUCAAGAGGCCAGGAUAUCAAGGUCUAUCAUCUCGCAAGAUCUACUGGAGAAGCUCCCAUAAAGCUUUCCAUUCGGUGCGUUGGUGAAACUGGAGAACGGGUCAUGGUCCGCGUCGGUGGUGGAUGGGCUGACCUGAGCGAGUAUUUGAACCAAUACGCCAGCCACCAUGGCCGCCGCUCUGUUGUAACAGAGAAUACAAAGGUGGAAAUACAAGAUCUUCCCCGGGCGGCGAGCCGUGGACCAGAUAUCGGAUCAAGCCCGCCUUCUCGCUCCGUUUCAGCUCUCGAAGCACCCAUGUCACCGUUGGCUAUACGAAAGACACGUAGAAGCGUGGGGUCGACCACCAGCGAGGCGCCACGACUUCGUCAAUCUACCCCUGGCCUGGUGUCAAGGAGAUUUGACGAAAGUGCUGUCGCUGAUGAUUCAUUCAACCGCUCUAUGAAUAACUCACGCAUGAGCUGGCGCGAGGAAGAUAGCUCGUUCCUGGGACUUGCUGGUCCAAAUGGAAAGAAGGUGGAGAUGAGCGAAGAGAGCAAGGCCUGGGUGGAGAGCGUGAAAGAAAAGGUCCGGCUGGCGAGCGGCGAGAGGAGAGUGUCUGCACAAGACGAUUUUAGUAAAAAUAGAUUCGGCGAGCUGGGUAAAGUCGGUGGUACGAAAAGGAUCUUCCCGAAGAAAUAG